CAAUAAAGAUCGGUGACCUCCGAGCAUUGCAGACACCACGCGUCCCUCUUUAUUGCAAAAGUUCCUGGAAGUUCCGCGAGAAAGCGAGAGAGAGAGAGAGAGAGUACCAAAAACUCCCAAUUUUCAGCAUAUUCACCUUCCAUGGCAUGUAAUUCAGUAUUAAUCAUUUCUAUUUUGAUAAUCUUCACUUACAUCCAAAUUUCAUCCUCCAUUCCUUUCAUCCUGAUCCACGGAAUUGGGGAUCAAUGCUCCAAUCGAGGAGUUAAACGGUUUACCCGGCAACUGAGUGACUUGUCCAAAGCCGAAGGGUUUUGCAUAGAGAUUGGAGGUGGAAUGUGGGAUUCCUGGUUUAUGCCCCUCCAGGAGCAGGCUCAAGUUCUUUGCGAUAAGGUGAAGCAAAUGAAAGAACUUAGAGAGGGUUACAACAUAGUUGGUCUCUCCCAGGGUAACUUAAUUGGUCGAGCUGUUGUGGAGUUUUGUGAUGACGGACCUCCUGUCAAAAACUUCAUCUCAUUAGGAGGACCUCAUGCUGGUACCGCUUCGGUUCCAUUGUGUGGAAAGGGUAUCUUUUGCAUUAUUGCUGACAACCUAAUCAAGUCAGAGAUCUACUCCGACUAUGUCCAAGCUCACUUGGCUCCAAGUGGUUAUCUAAAACUACCAAAUAAUUUACCUGCCUAUUUAGAGAAGUGUAGGUUUCUCCCGAAACUUAACAAUGAAAUCCCUGCUGAGAGAAACUCAACUUACAAGGAACGGUUCAGUAGCUUAGAGAAUUUAGUCCUUAUCAUGUUUGAACAUGACACUGUAUUGAUACCAAAGGAAACCGCCUGGUUUGGAUAUUAUCCAGAUGGGGAAUUCAAUCCUGUUAUGCCUCCACAACAGACACAGCUUUACACUGAGGAUUGGAUUGGUUUGAAAACCUUGGAUGAUGCCGGGAAGGUCAAGUUCAUCAAUGUGACAGGAAACCAUCUUGGAAUUACCAGAGCCGACAUGAGAAAAUAUGUUGUUCCUUACUUGAAGGAUGAAGAAUCAACAGAGAGUGGCACUACAGAGGUUGUCCAUCCUAGUAGCUCAGAGAGCCAUCAGAACAUGCAGGUUUUCCGGCAGGGGCUGGACACAGCAUCAACUGAAGUGAUGAUUGAAGGAUCACCAUCUUAUAGCUGGCCAUCGUCAAUUAAGAGCGUCUUUGGAGAAUUACUCGGAUUUGCAGGCAAUGAAUAAUCACCAGAUACUUAAUAUCUCAUUCAAAUGCAUUAAAUCGACGGUACACAUGAACUGAAUUAAUUAACCACUCCUUUAGAGGGACUAUGCACUUGUACUGCAAUUGCAUGCACAUUGUAAUAUGCAAAUUGAUUGUACUGUAGGAGGUAGGCAUCUGUGAUUAGAGAAAAAUGCUUGGAUUUUGGUAGUUGGUAGAGAUGGCAGCGGACCGGUGGGG